UCUGGACGUCUCUCCUACCUGCUUCACAGACCUCAAGCUUCAAACUCUUCUCUUUCGUCAUACCCCUUUGCAUUCUACCUAUUCUCCAGUCAUCCAGCCUUAUUUAUACUUCCAAAAACGGCCUGGACGCAUCCUGAUCUGCCAUUGACUCCUCUUUGUUGCCUAUUCCCCUCUGCACACCGGUUGACACCAUGCCUGCCAAGAUGCCUGUUGCCUACCCCUCCGAGGUCGAGCCCCUCGACUCGAGAGACUCGGGCUACUCCAGUGGCUCCAGUGAUGAAUAUACCCCGGAGAUUGUCUUCACCAAGCCUCAUCUGCAGUUCCUCAACAGACAGUUGCAAUUCCUCGAACCUCAAGAUGUCCUGAGAUGGUGUGUCACAUCACUGCCUCAUCUCUUCCAGACCACGGCCUUUGGCCUUACUGGUCUGGUGACCCUGGACAUGCUCUCCAAGUUGAACGUGCCUCGCCCGCAGAUGGUCGACCUGGUCUUCCUUGACACGCUCCACCACUUCCGUGAGACGCUAGAUUUGGUUGACCGGGUCCGUGCCAAGUACCCGCUGGUCAACGUCCACAUCUACAAGCCUCAGGGCGUCGAGUCCGAGGAGGAGUUUGCCACGAAGUACGGUGGCCGCCUCUGGGAGACCGACGACCAGUUCUACGACUGGGUGGCCAAGGUUGAGCCCGCCCAGCGGGCCUACCGCGAGCUCAACGUCCACGCCGUCCUCACGGGUCGCCGCCGCAGUCAGGGCGGCAAGCGUGGGGACAUGGACAUCAUCGAAGUCGACGAGGCCGGUCUCAUCAAGAUCAACCCGCUCGCAAACUGGUCCUUCGAUCAGGUGAAGCAGUACAUCCAGGACAAUGAAGUCCCCUACAAUGUCCUCCUCGACCGCGGCUACAAGAGCAUUGGCGACUACCACUCCACCCAGCCGGUCAGCGCCAAUGAGGAUGAGCGGUCGGGUCGCUGGAAGGGCCAGCAGAAGACCGAGUGUGGCAUCCACAACCCCCGAUCCAAGUACGCCCAGUUCCUGAUGGACAUGGAGCGCAAGCGUCAGGAAGAGGCCCUCUCGCAGAUGCAGCCUUCCCUCACGACCACCGCACAAUAGAUGGUGCUGUCUUUUUAGACUUGCAUAAUCUGGCGUUUCUUUUUUUCUUGAUUACUUCUGGGUUGGGAGUUCAAAAACACUAG